AUGUACAAAUUUGAUGUCCGAAUGCGAAAAAAAGAUCUAUACAGAGUGAAUUCUGAAGCGGUGAUCGAGAUUGAUCCAGAAUUAUCGAUCAGAGAAAAACCACGUAGCGCACAAUAUUUACUGAUGCCACUCGGGUUCCCGGCAAAAAUUCAUCCCAGUAAUUGGGCAAAAAGUCGUUCCCUUACAAACUUAACUGGAACGCAGAUCACUGUCAAGAAACAGUUGAUCAAACCUCCGUCAAAAGCUAAAGUUGAGUACUCAGCAAUAGUUGAGAAAACUUAUCAGAAAAGGCGAUCAGCCACAGCACUACUACAAAGUAGCAUAAGGCAAAUAAAAGAGGCAAGAGAAAACCUCCAAGAAUUAUAUAAAGAGGUUAGAGACGAGUAUAAAAACUGCAAAAGCAAGUCCGAAAGGAAGGAUUUGAUGAUUGAAAUUGAACAAAUAGAAGAAGAAUCUCAGCUACAAUCUGCGAUAGCUGAAGCAAACGACCUAACGUUUAUGCUAACAGCGCGCCUUGAUGAAACAAAAAAUAUGCGCGAAAAUAUGGAAAUCAAACUGGGAUACAUGUCCCUAAAGCUCCAAAGAGACAAUAACGUCAAGAAUGAAGUAAACGAAGAAGGGGAUGGUGGAAUUGAUAAUACAAACGAAAAUUGUGUGAGAGACAUCACAAUGCCAUCUUGCUCGCAAGACACAUCAAAUUCAGCACCCACAUGCAAUAGUGGCACAGCCAAAAGGACGCUGAGGUCAAUAAAACCUCCACAAGCCACACUACCAAAAUUUUACGGGAAUUCUGAUGACUUCCCAAAACACUGGGCCAUUUUUGAAGCCCUUGUCCAUAACAGUGAUGAACUGGACAUUAUGGAAAAGAUACUCCUACUCAAAGAAAGUUUAAAGGAACAACUCUGUCUACCCAAGAACACGACCGAAAUCUGCACCAUUCCCGGAAUUGGCGGCCAUAUCCAGUGCUUCGAAAGCCAUAAGACCAAAUCAAUCAUAACAAACGGAUUUCCUCCAGUGAAAUUGAACGCAGAAGAUAUUGAGUUCUUGAAGACAAACACUAUCUGUCUAGAAAAUUCAAAGCUUUGUGGUGAGCAUCAAAGUCCACACAUUCUCGUUGGACUGGACUACUACCACGAUUUAUUUACGGAUCCAGCAAACGGAGUCCGAACACCAUCUGGUUUCCAUAUAGCAAAAACGGUUUUUGGACCCACAAUUUAUGGUCGAGAAAUCAGCAAAGUAAGUGGAACCGCUAACACAGUAUGUCACAGUCUGACAAGAAUUUCCGAAAACACGGAACAAGAACUCUUACAGAAAAUAUUUGAGUUGGACGGCCUCGGUAUCAUGCCGGAAGGAACCCAGAGGGACGAAAAUGUUCAAAGAUAUUUCGAGGAAUACUCGAAAUUGAUCUCAUUUGAAAACAACAUCAUCACAGCUCCAUUUCCGCUGAAAGAGAAUGUAAUCCAAGUGGAAAAUAACUACUCAGUAGCUAUAAGAAGGAUAGAAUCUUUACAAAACAUCCUCUUAUGUAAUUUUGAACAAAAGCAGUGGUACUGCGAUCUUGUGAACAAAUAUGUCAGUGAAGGGAUCGUAGAGACCUUCGACACAGCAGACCACGAUGCGGCUGGAAUAUAUUACAUGCCACAUACAGGGGUAUGGAAACCACAGAAAAAGGUCCCUUUAAGGAUAGUCUUUGACGCUUCGUCUAAACGAAGAGGCCACCUCAACUUGAACGACGUCAUUCGAAAAGGGGAAUCCUUCGCUAACAGAAUACACGACAUUCUUACCUCCUCAAGGUUCAAGAAGAUCGUCUUAAUGUGUGAUAUUGAGUCUGCCUUCACACAAAUUCGAUUGAUAGACGCACACAAGGAUCUAUGCAGAUUCUUGUGGCUUCGGAAUGUCAAUCACCCACCAACAAAAGACAACGUCGUCGAAUACAGAUUUAGAAGGUUGCCUUUUGGCGUUACAGCUUGUCCGAGCAUACUAAACAUGGCGAUUCUGUCCUACUUGGAAUCCCAGAGCUUGGAACUAUCCACAGAAAUUGCCAAAAAUUUGUAUGUGGAUAAUAUACUUUUGCAAGCAGAAUCGGUUCCUGAAGCAGUAAGAAGGUACAAGGAACCAAAGCAUCUCUUCAGCAAGACAGGAAUGAACCUACGCGAGUAUAUUUCAAAUUCUGAAGAAGUAAAUUCAAGGAUUAAAUAUUCUGACAAACUCCAAUCUGGAUCAAUGAAAAUACUAGGAGUUGAUUACAAUACUAUGACAGACAACUUUACUGUGAGAACAAAGUUUGUUUACAAUAAAAAGUUGACUAAGAGAGAUGUCGUGAGCCAAAUUAAUUCGAUUUAUGACCCAAUGGGUCUCAGAGAACCGCUCAUUGUUAAACUGAAGUCCACGAUGCGAGAAAUCUUCGAUUCAGAAGUGGACUGA